AUGCCUCAUCACUCCAGUAAUUAUAAUGCUGUGUGUCUAAGGUGCCUUCCAGGUUCAUUAACUUUGGGAUGUAGGCCUGUCUGCUCCUGUACAAACUGUAAACUGUCACUUUUCCCUCCAUUUCCCUCACAGACAUACAGCCAAGGGAUUGAAUUAGCCUGCCAAGAAGAAAGAGAGUUCGUGAAGCACUCUGUGGAAUACACAUGGAACCUAGCAGAAGCCCAGCAAAAACUUGGUAGUUUAGCACUGCAUAAUUCAGAAUCCUAUGAUCAGGAAUCUGCUCAAGCAAAGACUGAAGCUGCAGAGUUGAGAAGGAGAGAGGAAGAAUGGAGAAAAAAAGAGGAAGCACUACAUCUGAGGGAAAAACAGAAUCUAUGGAACACAGAUCCUGUUAGUAAGGAGGUGUUUAAUAAGAGUUUUAUUAAUCAUAAAAGAAAAGAAAUAGAAGAUGAUAUGUCUGGACCACUUAUGGAAAAACAUGAACAGAAGAUUAGACACUUUGGCAUGCUGAGCAGAUGGGAUGAUAGUCAAAGAUUUUUGUCUGAUUACCCAUAUCUUGUAUGUGAAGAAACAUCUAGGUAUCUCAUGUGGUGGUGUUUUCAUCUAGAAGCAGAACAGAAGACAGCUCUGAUGGAGCAAGUAGCACACCAAGCAGUUGUAAUGCAGUUUAUUAUAGAAAUUGCCAGAAGCUGCAAUGUGGAUCCAAGAGGCUGUUUUCGUCUUUUCUUCCAAAAAGCCAAAACAGGAGAAGGCUAUUUUGAGGCUUUUAAAAAUGAACUUGAGUCAUUCAAGACGAGAGUGAGAAUCUGGUCACAAACCCAUGGCUUUCAAACUAUGCUACUACAAGAUCUCAGUAUCAGUCCUGGUCUUGUAGGAGAGCUGAUAUCUUUUUCACCGAGCACAGGUGAUCUACAAGAUUUCAUAAACAGAGAUGUCUGCAAUUUAAACUCUGUAAUACAAAGAGAUGAAGAAGAAUACAAAAUGAUGGACACAGUAUAGAACUCUUAAAGACUGAGGCCAAGUACUCUUCCUUUUAUCUUUUUAUUUUGAAAGAAACAAACACUGCUAUUUUCUUGACACUUAUUUUUCUGGGUGCUGCACUUUAUUUUUAGUGUCAGAUUUUUGUUGUUGUUGUUUGGUUUUAGGUGGGGAAUGAAUUUUGAAGGGUGGGUAAUUCAGAAAAACUUGUAAUAUUGUUUGAAAAUGUGCUGCUAGGUUUUUGGUUGUCAUUGAAGAGCAGGGUUCUCAUUUUGCGGAAUGUGAAACUGGAUGUGUUUUAUGCUAUUAACCUUGCCUUUGGCAAUUUUAGAAAUUAAAGUAUGGAAAAAAUAUCUGCACAAAUACAAUGUUUACAAGAAGUAGUAGAUUCUUGGUAGAAUCUGCUGUUGUCUUACUGCAGAUGUGGACAUGUUUUAUCAAUACUGGAGAUCACAACUGUAUUUCUGCUACCUUGCUGACAUUAUAAACUCUUAAAUUUGGUUAUCACUAAUAGCAAUAAAUCAAUAUCUGGUAUCAGUAUUUCAGAUCUGAAUGAAUUAAACACUUGCUUUCUACCUCUACUAAGGGGAUUUAAAUGUUACAUUGUGCUUUCAUUAAACAUAACUUGGUUUUGUCCUAAAAUGUAAGCAACAUUGGCUACAUAUGAGUGCUGGGUUAUAUGAUUUCUGAGAGUCUGACUCUUCUUCACAAAGGUAACUCCAGAUUAUUAUUAUUUUUUUAAAACCAAGUCUUGUAUGGAAAGAAGCAUUUGAUGGGGGGACCUUGAGGUACAGAGGUUAGGCCAAGACUUCAGUUUAAACAAAAAGUUUUGUUGCAGUUCCUACAGGGUAAGGUGUCAUGUGGAGUUUGAAAGGUAUUUCAUAUGCUACUAAAGUGCAUUUCUGACAGUGUCAACUCAAAAAAUCAAAGUGGAAAAUCAUUUAAAGCUUCCUCUUUGAGGAGCUGGAAAUCCAAAUACUGUUUCUAAUCAAGGCCUUCCACAGAACCUCUGCAAUGCAAAGUUCUACUGUGCUUGUCUAUCUUGCUGCUACUACAGCAGUUCUAUCUAUAAAAAUAUAUACUGCAGUUGGAAGACUCCAGUGAAGACAGCUCAUAUCUCAAAUAACAGUAUCCAUACAUGCUCUUGGUCCUUUAUUGUUCUGAUUGUUUGUAAGGCCUGGAAGGUUUCUAGAUUUCAGUAGUCUGAUGAACAGACUACUGCCUACCUGCAGUAGCUAAUUCAGGCAAAUGCUGUGCUGAGAUCCAGUAAUUUUAAGCUUUGGCUAUAGCAGAGAUAGGAAAAAGUUAAGUCAGCGUAUUGUAUACAUGACAUUUUUCGUACAAAUGCAGUAGCAAAAGUAGGAGCUCCCAGAUCCACUGCCAGAAGUAUCAGGCUGUUCGGAAAUUAAUUUCCGUUUUGUAAUGUGAUUUUCAUUGUAUGUUUCAGGAAUAGUACCUUCUCGACUGGCAUACUGUUAUAUAUUUUUUAAAA